AUGUGGAAACUUUCUCAUCAACUAUCUUGUGAUCACACAAAUUUAUCAUCUCAAAAAAUGCUUUUAAGUUUAAUCAUAGGUGGGAAUAACUAUGAAGAGGCUUCGGAGUAUAUUCGAUCAUGUUUUGAAAAUUCAAAUACUCGUAGUGGACCUAAAGAUAUUUAUUCUCAUUUUACAUGUGCAACGGAUACAAGUAAUAUACAGUUUGUGUUUGAUGCUGUAACUGAUGUAAUAAUUAAAAACAAUCUCAAGGAUUGUGGAAUAUUAUGA